GGGCCUGCUAAUCAGUGCUUAUCGAUGCGCCCGUUGACAGCCGCCAGCUAAUCCGAAUUGGAUGAAUUACUGCACCGAUUUUGCCUGUUUUGUGUCAAAAACGUUCAGUGCUUUAUUGAUUUUAGACUGGCAUUUUCAUUUAAUGUGUAUCUUUGAAUGUCACGGUGAUUUUGGAUGCAAUAUGUUGAACAGUUUGUAAUGAAUAUUGAAUAUGAUGAUGAACUGAUUGAUUCGGGAAGAGCUGCGUUGUGAUUUUGUUCACUGUUUGCAAGAUAUGUACUUCAAACGCCACUGACAGCUGCAGUACCGUUAUAAAGAUGAAGCUUAGGAAGAGCAAUGUGCGGCUGUUGGCACUGUCGGCCUUUUAUGCACUGUAUCUUGUAAUUGGAGCAUCCAUCUUUUCAGCUAUUGAAGGUCCUAAAGAACGGGAUUUAGUUAAAGAACUCCGUGAUUUGAGGAUACAGUUUUUGGAAAAGAAUAAAUGCGUGGCAGACAGGCAAUUGGAGCAGCUGAUAGAGGUAAUAGUCAGGGCCACUAACAAGGGGGUGUCGGCCACAAAAAAUGUCACCAUGUCCGAACCUAACUGGACAUUUGGACAGGCCAUAUUCUUCUCCGGGACCGUCCUUACAACAAUUGGCUAUGGGAGAGUGGCCCCACUGUCUGAUGCUGGGAAGGGAUUCUGUAUUCUGUAUGCCCUGAUUGGGAUACCACUGACGCUCAUCAUGUUCUCAGCAGUGGUCGAACGUCUGAUGAUACCUACAAAAAUAUUUCUCUACUUCCUGUUCAGGAAGUUAGGUCAUCUAUACAAGGUAUUUCAUAUCCAAGUCCUCCAUCUUGUCAUCAUGAUCUCCUUGGUACUGGCGUUUUUCUUCGUCAUUCCCGCCGGUAUUUAUGCAGCCUUGGAGCCCACCUGGAAUUUCCUUGAUGCUUUCUACUACUGUUUUAUCUCCAUGACAACCAUUGGACUUGGAGAUUACAUUCCAGGAGAUAACCCAGACCAAAACCUCCGAGCCCUAUACAAGGUUGGAACAACAGUGUAUCUAUUCCUUGGCCUGCUUGUGAUGAUGCUAGUUUUGGCUGUACUCUACGACAUUCCAGAACUCAACCUCGGCUUCCAUUUCUACUUAAGAAGCGACGGCCAGGAUGAAGAACGCACCACACUUCGUAGCUCUAUGGAUGGAGCAGGUGGCCCCAAGUACUCAAAACAGGUGGACGACGACCAACAUCCUCAACCUGUCAUCCCUCCUCCUCGACCUCCCUUCGUGAAGGAAGACUCCACCAUCCAGUCAACCCAGUAAACUGGGCACUUUGUAGUGACAUCUUUUGUCUGAACAAAAUCUUAUUUAUAUAUGGUGGUCAUGUUGUCUCUUAUUCUGUAUAUGGUGCCAAACAUGACAUGUUUAUUCAGUAAUCUGCUAAAAACUGACCUUAGGUAUAAAAUGCUGAUUGGUUGCCUGUUUGUGCAGCAAGCAGUCAGAAUUUUGAGCUGAUGAUCAUGGUUAGUUUGGUUGACUAGUGUAUUUGGUACUUAAAAUUUAUAUGGUGUUCAUGCAUUACAUAGAUCAGAAACAUGUAUUAGGGAGAUAAGUAACAUCACUAUUUUCCCUGGUGGCUCCCUUUAUUCAUGACAAGUCUAGCAUAUCCCUUAACACUUUGAAUAUGUUAUCGAAUGUAACGAAUAAAAAUGUUCAUCAUUUCGUAUCACUAUAAGAUUUUCUGGAAACAUAACCCUAAAUAUUGUUACCCCAUCGAAACUAGAAAAAAAUUAUAUUCAUAACAUUUCGUUUUUAGCUCACCUGUUACGAAGUAACCAGAGCUAAUGCUGUCCCCCGGCGUCGGCGUCCCACCCCAAAACUUUAAAGUUUUUGGAGUAAGUUUUUGGAAAGCUUGUAAGUCCAAAAGUAUACACCUCAUGCCCUUCUA